GGCGGCGGCGGCAGAAGUGGUUACGGGGGUGGGUAUGGUGAUAGAUAUGAUGGUGGAGGACAGUGGUAAAUUGAUCAUAAUCUUUUCACCAUUUAUGUUAGCAGUUUCUCAAAAAUGGUUUUAGAAAAUUUUGGGGUUGGGCAUUGGGAAUGAAAACUGUACUUACAGUUAAUGUUUUGUAUUUUAAUCAAAGUGUUGCCAACGUAAAUAAAAAUAUUGCAUUUAUAUUUGUAAUACCGGCAUACAGCUUGUGGUUUCUCUUAAAGAUGUACUGUCUGUCAUAAGCUAAAAAUAUUGGAAAAUUAAAUUCCAUAUUAGAUUUCUUUAAUUUUUAUAUUUAUUAACAUUCAAUUAAAAAUUUUGACUGAGGAAAAAUUAACCUGUCGGUUAACAGGCAGUUCAAUACCUUUAGAUUCUAUUUCAUAGAUGCUGAAAUUUGCUGCUUGUCAAUUCAAGGAUUUUUGGAAAUCCUUAACUGUCAGUAAAUCAGCAAUUGGGAGUAAAAUAUUUUUUGAUUUUUUAAAAUGAGUUUUUACAGAUCUUCAUUUAAAUUUGAGCGUUAUUUUCCCAAUUAUUCUUUU